UCCGGUAGGGUACGGGUAUCGGGUACGGGUAGCUGGGUAUCGGGUAGGGUACGGGUAUCGGCUACCUGAUUGCGACCUCUGCCCUGCAGGUGUCCCCCAUGAAGAACUGCCGCGAGCACUUCGUCCUGGGGGCGCUGGGCGGCCACCUGAUGUCCGCCGGCGGGCGCAACGAGCUGCGCCAAGUGUUGCCCACAGUGGAGCGCUACUCCCCCGGGGACGACUCGUGGACCUUCGUGCGCCCCUUCGACCGCUCGCUCUCCUGCCACGCCGGCUGCGUGGCGGACGGGCGCCUCUGGGUGUCGGGUGGCGUCACGAACACUGCCCAGUACCAGAACUCGCUGCUGGUUUACGACCCCGCGCUGGACGUGUGGUCCCCGUGCAGCGCGAUGCCCCAGCGGCGCGUCUACCACUCGAUGGCGGCCGUGUGCCGUCGGCUCUACGUGCUGGGGGGCAACGACCUGGACCACAACAACGACCGCAUCAUGGUGCGCCACAUCGACCGCUACAGCCUGGACACCGACCAGUGGACGCGCUGCACCGCCGCCCUCAGAAAAGGUCAGAAUGAAGCCGGAGUCGCAGUGCACGCUGGGAAAAUAUACCUGGUGGGCGGCUACUCCAUCGUCAUCAACGAGCCCCUCGCAUCGGUGCAGAUCCUGGACGUGUUUGCUGGAUGGGGGGAUCAGGGUGACCAGGGCGGCGAGCGGCUGCUCACUGGGCCCGCUCUGCCCUUCGCCUCCAACGGCGUCGCCGCAUACUUCCUGCCCCGACCCAGCACCUGCAAACCCCACAGCUUGUGACGCGUUUGUCCGUCGGCCGUUCCUCGACGUUUCGCAGCACGCGCCCCGCUAAGGCUUCUCUCUCUGCGGGUAGCCUCAACUCCGUUCUACCCCGAAUCCUUCUCGGUACUCGAUGGAUAAAGCUUCCACCCCCACCCCCACACACCUGAGACACGCGUGGGCCUCGAAACGUCGGACCUCGUUGACGGAUGCGCAGACGCGUGGGGCGGCGGCGGUGGUGACGGACCCCCCCCCCCCAGUGCACCAAACCAGUGACCAGCCGCGUGGUGCAAUACGGUCAAAGCAACUCCCCAAAGGGCUGCACGUUACUAAUAAAAGAUCUUGGCGAGGAACGCUUUUAGCUUCACUUAUUACAUCAGCAUUGGGCGGUGCUUCGCCUUCCCCUGGUAGCUCCGUGGUGGAAAUUCCACGUUCCUGUGGCCGGGGUAGAGGGGGGCGGGGGGGGGAACCAGCGUCUCCUGAAUGAGUAAGCGAUUCCCUUAACCCCCCAUCGUACUUGAGCGAGACCCAGGCGGUAUUCGCCGUACGGUCAUCGAUUUUUAUUCCGAUUCCGUGCCGACGGCGUACGACGCGCACGCGGCCAUCGCAACGCAAACCAGAAGAAAAGAUUCGCAACAAUAACGAUGUGUUGGGCACAACGAGGCUCCCACCCGUGCCUCGCGGCAAGGGCAGCGCGUGGCAAUCUCCAUCUGUCGUGCACACGGGUACGUGCAGACCCACAGAGACGCACGGAGACACACAAAGUUGGGGCAAAUGCUGUUAGCGAGCAGCGACGAUGAGAUGACACCAGAGGUCGCAAACGGGUUUUGAUUCCUUACCCGUACCCGGCCGCACCAGGGUCGCAAACGGGUACCCGUACCCAUACCCGGCCGUACCCGUACCCUACCCGUACCCGGCUGAGUACGGGUAGGGUACGGGUAUUGGGUACCCGAUUGCGACCUCUGGGAUGAAGCCAUGUUGCAGGCGCGGGUGGGUUGAUACUAGGAACUUGAAUUGUGAGAAGAGACAAGACGUUGGGAAAUGAGUGACAAACAGUUACUCACCAGUGACUCACGGCCUACCCGUACCCGGCCGCACCAGGGUCGCAAACGGCUACCCGUACCUAGCCGGGUACGGGUAGCCGGGUAUCAGGUAGGGUACGGGUAUCGGGUACCCGGUUGCGACCUCUGGAUGACACACACACACACGCAUCACGCAUGUAAAAUAUAGGGGACCAAAUAAAAGAAAAUCUAUAUUAAAGUUAUUUUUUAUUAAGUUUACAUUGAGUACAAACGGCGCCAGUCCAUUUCGUCAUUCGUUCGAAACUUUACGCGUCCGAUUGAAAUAAAUAAAUAAAACAUUAACCUGGGUCAAGCUCUUCGCGUUAGAAAGUGGAAAUGCAUAGCGGCCCAAACCCGUACUGUUCACGCCGUGUUCUUGCACGGGGAGAUUGCGUUCUUCAGGUCCACACGGCGCACAGCCGGUUCAAUACGGGCGACAAAGAAAUAAAAAUGUCUGUUUGUUUGUGUUUCUCCCUUGCGAUGGGACUUUGUAGGACAAACGUCGAGGUUUAUAAAGGGCACGGGGUGACCGAUAAGGUCUGAAUCGGUCCGUGGUAAGGUAGGGAGGGCAUUGGUCGGGGGUUGACAGGUAUGGAGACCCACAGAGACCCCCACAGAAAUCCAUAGCUGUCAACCCAUACGGUUUACCCUGUACUUUUGCACGGGGAAUUUGCGUUCUUCAGGUCCACACGGUGCACAGCCGUUUCAAUACGGGCGACAAGAACUAAUAAUGUUUUGGCGCCGGCUGUCGUAGAUUGGUGGCGGUCGUGCCGACACAGUUCUCCGCGGUGAGCAGCGACAUCUUUAAAAACGCCGCUGCUGCUGCUACUGCUGCUACUGCUGCUGCUGCUACUGCUGCUGCUGCUGCUACUGCUACUACUGCUACUACUGCUGCUGCUACUGCUGCUGCUACUGCUGCUGCUACUACUGCUACUACUGCUGCUGCUACUGCUGCUGCUGCUACUGCUACUACUGCUACUACUGCUGCUGCUACUGCUGCUACUGCUGCUACUGCUGCUGCUGCUACU